UGUUCGUUUGGUCACUUUAGGACUAGACUAAGCUUCUUAGGGAAGUAGGUCUGGCCGCACUGGGACAAACUGCUAUGUAGGUAAAUGGGGCAAAAGACCUGCAAGGCGGGGCAAUUUCGUAAGCUGCACUUUUCAGCUUCUAUCGGCGCUUUUGGCAUUUUUGGCAUUUUAGCAUUUUCUAUCUGAUCUUAUUUUUUUAUAUUUUAAUUUAAUUUUCUACAUUUGUACGUUCUAGGUAAUUUCUAGACUCUUUCCAGACUUGCCGGUAUCGUCCGAUUCCGAUUCCAUUAACCCAAUUUGUUGGCUUUCCACUACCUACCGUAGCCUACCUUGGAUAAGCCAAUUCCUCCAACUAGCAGAAGUCAAAUCAUGACGGCGAAGACGCUUCGCCUACGACAUCCGACUUGAGAAUGGGGUAAAAACAUGGGUGGGCUGCGCCGAGUUUGUUCAAAGGCACUAAGCAGCAUCGUCACCAAGCAGCAGACAAGCUAUAUACAAAAGGCAUAACCAUGAUGGACCCCGCCUCCGUAUCUUUCCCACAACCGCCGCCGCCGCCGCCAACACAGCAGCAGCAGCAACACCACCACCACCACCACCAACAGCAAACGUCUCAACCACCUCCUCCAGGAACCGAGGCUCCGCUGUCGCACGAACUUCACCAUCAUAACCAUCACCCUCAACAGUCGCAUCACUUCCGUGUCCCAACCCUUUCGUCGCAUACGAGCCUCGAUCUGUCCACUCUCGAUCCUACCGAUCCUGUUUUCCAACAACACCUCCAACGCCUACAAGUCGUAUCCACCAUCCCCGUCGUCCAGGGCGAAUAUACUUCGCAUGUCCAAGAUAAUUUCGAUAAUGAGCCAAAUGCGACUCACACGCUCCAGCGCUCCCAUAACGAAACGACCUCCGACAUCCGCCGAACUCCACGUCAACACCAUGCUUCUCUCCCUUCAUCGUCGCGCUCGGCGCCGCCUGCCUCCAGUCAAUUCGGCAUCCUAACACACAAUGGCAUGUCUCCAACUUCUAUUUCUCAGCUUCAACAAGAUGAGGACAUGUUCAUCCAAUCGGCGCAAGUCAAUUCCUCAGCUGCCGAAUCCUCUGAGCCGAGACCCCAUGGUCAAUUGGUUAAUAGGAUAGUCGUUGACCCACCCGAUCUUCAAGCUUGGCGCGAGAAGCUAUUUAAUGUCGACGAUACGAUUAUCUUGACCAAUGACCAAUUCGAGACAUACUUUCCCCAUAUCGAUAAUGUUUACUCACAUCGUUCCACCCAAAAGUACAAGCGCAAGCCUUUUAUAUCGCAUUACUGGGAUUGCCGAAUGAAGGGACGACCACCAGGAACGCCCAAAUCGGAUGACCCUUCCAAGAAGAAGCGCAAGCGGAGCGCGCGCGAGAGAGAUCUAUGCGAUGUUAAAAUCAAGAUUACCGAAUACUUUCCGGGAGCGACGAUCCUACCCGGUGACGGGGACUCGAACCUCAAUUUAGCUUCGCCGAGUGUUUAUCAAUCUCCACAACAGCCGAUGUUUAACGACGGUCUACCACGGCCUAUGGAUGCUCAUCUCAACGGAGAGAAAUUCUGGACAAUACAAAGAGUCAAUGGCAAUGGCGGGAACGGUAAGGGCGACGGUGUCGCUGGUCCUCACAAGCAUAGCCUAGAGAAGAGCGAUGAGAUCAAGAAGUCAACCGUACAGAGGUAUAUUGCCUCGCAAGAGAAAGAAGCAAAGAAGAUUCAGAAGCCUUUACCUAGGAGGAUGUCAGGAGCUGCACUUGCAACCGCAAAAAAGCACUCGAAGGAGCACGAAUUAAAACUCUAUGCUGCUUGCUUUUGCCCCUUUUCACAGAGAGUAUGGAUUGCUCUGGAAGCGAAGGGUAUGCAGUAUCAGUAUUGCGAGACAGACCCAUUUAAGCGCCCAACCCAGUUGCUAGAAGCAAACCCACGAGGCCUAGUUCCAGCUAUUCGUGAAGGCGACUGGGCCAGCGGUGAGAGUGCCAUCAUCUUGGAAUAUCUUGAGGAUCAUAACCAAACGGUACCCCUCUCUCCCACAGACCCUAGAUUAAAGGCAAACUGUAGACUAUGGAUCGACCACAUCAAUGCAAGGAUAGUUCCGGCUUUCUUCGCUCUCGCUAGGGCUACCGAUUUCACAAAGCAAUCAGAAUAUGCGGAGAGGCUUCGGAGUGAGAUAACGGCUCUUGUUCAAGCUGCUAACGACAGGGGGCCAUACUUCCUCGGAGAAGAUCUAUGCCUUGUAGACAUUCAUUUUGCUCCCUUCGUCCUCCGUAUGUCCCGCAUACUCCGAGAGCUCCGUAACUGGGGCGAUCCCGUGCCGGGAACACGUUGGCAACAGUGGACUGAGGCCCUCGAGCAGAACCCACAUGUUCAGGCUACAACUAGCCAGAAGGAGCUCUAUAUCGAGACCUUGGACCUCUUCCUUAAUAGCCGUCAACCCCACGGCGAUCAGUUCGGAUCAUAAUAUAAUAACGGGAUAUAUCAUCGUCGCUACAUACUCUUCUACAUACAUAUUAGGUACUUACAUACGCGCAUAAAUACGAGGGGUUGUUAUCGGAUUCGAGGAGCAUAUACGGUACAUACCAUAUCAUACCAUACACAACAGGACCAGGCAACCCGCUCAGGCUUCUUUGUUUUCUCUCCCAGUUUUUUCUCCCUUCCCCUUUUAGGACGGAGCUCAUUCCGAGUACUUCAAAAGGGGUAACAUGGGAUCGGAGUUCGAGUGGUCUGGAUCUUCCCCGUUUUGGGAGCCAGACAUCGUUAGAUACUAGUAGGUCGUACAUAUUGCAUGGUCAUAUUCAGCGCAUACAUACAUUAAGCCAGGGGUGGGUGGGCAGGUGGACCUGGGUAAAGUGUGCAUAGAGGCUUUGUUUACUGCCAUUGCACAUUCUUUAUAGGAUCGAUACAUAUAUACAUAUAAACAUAUUCUUGAAAUUGCUAUGUCUUGGUGAUAAUAUGUGGUCUGGUUGUUAU